CAUGUGGAGUGCAAAUAUCGCUGGUGUGACUUUUCUUUCUUGUUCAUCUCCCCUGAUACAGUUUCCUUUCAUCCUCCUCUAUGUUGAACCUUUCAUCUAUACACCAUGUUUUCCUUCCGCUCUUCUUGUGUUCUUGCAUCCUGGUUGUGUCAGGAAGUUUACAUACAUAUACAUCUGCCUUCCAUGGCAAUUUCCUCUUUGGAACUGCAUCUUCUUCAUAUCAGUUUGAAGGAGCUUUCUUGAGUGAUGGAAAAGGCCUCAACAAUUGGGAUGUUUUCACUCAUAUCCCUGGCAACAUAAUGGAUGGAAGUAAUGGAGAUAUUGCUGUUGAUCAUUACAAUCGAUACAUGGUAACUUAGAAUCUGCUUCUUCAAGAUAUUUUUUCUCCUUCCCUACUGUUUGGAGAAAUUAAGAAAAUGGGUUAGUUAGGCGUUAUAUGUUAGGUAUAUCAUGUGCAUCAUGUUUGAUAGUAAGAAUGUGGUUUUCCCAUAUUGAUGUGUAUGAAUUUCUAAAAGAGUGCAUUUAUGGAACUAAUAUGACAAAUUGAUUCAACUUUUUGAUAUAGACAGCACAAAAUAAGGUUGUGGAUUUUGAGCCAUACUUUAAUUGUCUUUUGCGUGCAAGUUUUGUACUAGAACCACCCAACAGACUGGCAUGAAAGGAAUCAGAGCCUUUUGUCUGUUUCUGGCAAACGUAAAAAGAUGAUGAAUCUGGUUCUCUGUGGUCAUGAAACAGGAAGAUCUUGAUCUCAUGAAUUACAUUGGAGUCAAUAGCUACCGCUUCUCUAUAUCAUGGGCAAGAAUUCUACCUAAGGGAAGAUUUGGGAAGGUGAAUAAGGCUGGUAUCAGUCACUAUAACAAGCUCAUAGAUGCUCUUCUGCUUAAAGGUAUCCAACCUUUUGUGACAUUGACACAUUUUGACAUCCCUCAGGAACUUGAGAACAGAUAUGGAGCAUGGCUAAGUCCCAAGGUGAAGGAAGAUUUCAAGUACUUCGCGGAUAUAUGUUUCAGAUACUUCGGGGAUAGAGUGAAAUACUGGGCAACCUUCAAUGAACCUAAUGUUAUGGUAAUCCGUGGAUAUAGGUCAGGGAUUUUCCCUCCAUCACGCUGCUCAAGCUCAUUUGGAAACUGUAGCAGUGGGGAUUCAGAAAAAGAGCCUUUUAUUGCAGCUCACAACAUAAUUCUGUCCCAUGCAGCUGCUAUUCAUCUUUACAGAACUAAAUACCAGGAAAAACAGAAUGGUAGUGUUGGGAUUGUUAUGAAUGCGAUUUGGUAUGAACCUUUCAGCAACUCUUUAGAGGACAGACUAGCAGCUGAAAGAGCUAUAGCUUUCUAUAUGAACUGGUUCUUAGACCCACUCAUACUUGGGAAGUAUCCCAAAGAAAUGCAAGAAAUUCUAGGAUCUGACUUGCCAAUGUUUUCACAAUAUGAUCUGAAGAAAUUGAAGAAUGGACUGGAUUUUAUCGGCAUCAAUCACUACACCUCUUUCUAUUCAAAAGACUGCAUGUUUUCUUUAUGUGAAGCAGGACCAGGAGUGUCCAGGACAGAAGGCUUCAGUUUAAGAACUCCAGAGAAAGAUGGUGUCUUGAUUGGAAACUCUACUGCAGUUGACUGGCUAUAUGUCCAUCCUCAAGGGAUGGAGAAGAUAGUUACAUACAUAAAAGAGAGGUAUAGGAACAUCCCUAUGUUCAUCACAGAAAAUGGGUUUGGUGAGAUUGAUGAUUCAACUUCCCCAACUGAAGAUGUGCUCAAUGACGUUAGGAGAACAGAAUAUAUGAGUGGCUACUUAGGUGCCUUAGAAACAGCAAUGAGGAAAGGAGCAGAUGUUAAAGGGUACUUCACAUGGUCAUUGCUUGACAAUUUCGAGUGGACAUCAGGAUAUAAAAUUAGGUUUGGACUUCAUCAUGUUGAUUAUGCAACUCUGAUGAGAACUAGAAGACUAUCAGCAGUGUGGUACAAACAAUUCAUAGCUAACCAUACAGCUCAGAGAAUCAUAGCACCUAAACAGAAUCCGGAGAAUCAACAAAAAGGAUCGUUCAGGAGCAUCUAAAUAUCACAUUCAAAUGCCGGGAGGAGUUUCAAAAUGAAAACCAGACUCCUGCGUCCAUUGGGAAAAGCUUUUAUACCCAUUUCUGAAACCUUAGACUUGAUAGCUAAUUCAUGCAGGCACUCAUGGUCUAUUGUAAAAAAAUGCUGGUAAAAACUAUAUUUCUCAUAAGGGUUUUUCUAAUCUAUGCCAUGAGAGUAUAAGAGUACAGGGUAAAGGUAUAAUUACU